AAGCAAGCAUAACUACUACUUGCCGUCAAGAGCUUUCUCUAGUAAAACCAGCAACAGAAAACCUACCUCUAACAGACAGUGCUCAGAAAUCCAAGAACAACCAUUGACUACAACUUCAUCUUCCUCUACAAAUAUGGAGAUUGAAAAGAUCAACACUGAUCAGGAUAUUGUUCUAAUGGAAACAAAUAAGAAUAAUGGUACAGACGAUAAUAUAUCUACAACAACCACUACGAAAAUACUCAAAAACAAAUCUAACAAGAAGGAACAAAAUAAUGUCAAACUAUCAGGACCUACAAGAAAAAAGGACCUUCAAUCAGACAAUAAAACAAAAGGUGGUCGCCACCAGGAGUACUAA